AUGGUUGUCUACCCUCAAGUUAAUUUCAGUAAUGAAAUCUAUCGACUGAACCUUGAGCAAGGACAGUUUCUGGAACCGUUGCAAACAGCAUCACCAUCGUUAACAUGCUGUGAAUUCAAUGAAUAUCACGAGUUGUUCGUAACCGGUACAAUUGACGGUCAUGUUGAGGCGUGGGAUCAUCGAGACCGAUCGCGAGUGGGUAUUCUUGACUGUGCACCUCACGCUCUUUCAGACGAUUUUAAGAAUGAAAUACCGCAAAUAUCGGCAGUAAAAUUCAAAGACGCUCUGCAUUUGGCAGUUGGAACGAAUACAGGCAAAGUUUUAUUAUACGACAUCCGUUCAAGUCGUCCGUUGUUGAUAAAAGAUCAUCAAAUGGGAUUAGCGAUUCGACGGAUCGAAUUUGUGAAAGAGCAUGAUCUGGUGUUGAGUAUGGAUUCGAGAGUGCUGAAAUUAUGGAACGAAAAUAACGGAAAGCCGUUUGCAGCUAUUGAAUCGGGCACUUCUCUGUCAGACUUUUGUCGUUACCCAAACUCAGGAUUAUUAUUUUUCGCGAACGAAGCUCCAAAAAUGUUGCAAUAUUUCAUUCCGUCGAUUGGAACAGCACCCAAAUGGUGUUCAUAUCUGGAAACGAUAACAGAGGAGCUUGAAGAAACUGAACAGCCUGCAGUAUACGAUGAUUAUAAGUUUGUAACGGCUCAACAACUGGAAGACGUUGGACUGUCGUAUUUGAUGGGAACGAAUCUUGUUCGUGCGUAUAUGCAUGCACGNGUGAACAAAGAGUUAGCGGUUAAACUGCAAACCGAAAUGAGUCUGGUGGACGAAAAGGUUGAUAAACGAACGAAAAAGAAGGGCAAAGAGGCAUCGACAGUUCUAACGGAUCAACGAUUCACGUCACUAUUCACAAAUCCAGAUUUUGAAAUCGAUCACGAUUCGGAACAAUUCAGGUUGAUCAAUCCAGCACUCAAGAGGUUGGAUGAGAAGAAGAAGCGAUUGGCUCGAAAACGAGGCGAGGAGUCUGAUGAAAGUGAUAAUGAGGUUGACAAAAAGAAUAAUUUGGAUAAGGAAGAGGACAGAUUGGCGAAGCAACAAGAAUUGCAACGACGGAAAGCACGAAAACCAAAGGGCUUUAAGUUGAUCGAACUGGAUGUUGGUGAGGAUAUAUCACAGUUUGUAGCGACAUCAACGGAUAAAACACAAAAGGAUUCUGUUGAGACGCUGGGGACGAUGCGUGAAAAGAUGUCAGCAAGUGGGGAUGAUACACGAGAGCAAACAACAACGAAUAUACCCUUCGGUGGACGUCAGAUAACGUAUCGACUGAAGCAAAGAGGAGCUGCUGCUGCAAGGGCACAGCAAAUGGCCGAGAAACAGGAGGAGCAUUUGAAAGAACGAAAGGAAUUGCAUCGAGGUACCAGAGAGAUCACAAAAACACUUAAACGACUGCCCGGUUUUCGUGGNUGUCUUCAUAGACAACGAAGCAUGAGAGAUCAUUUUUCGUUUCUUUCUUCGACACUUUUUGACGUGAAUUGUUCGUUUGUACGGGUAUUUGGCUGGAUGAGGGUUGUUGAUAUUGCAUUCAUUGUAAAGUGGCUGCUUGAAUGA